UCAUUUUGUCAGAAGUGGUCAAACAUGAGAAGCAGCAAAGCGUAUAGGCAGUAGAAAACAUUUUAAGCUUCUCAGUGAUUUUACUCCCGAACAGUAAGCGAACUCAGUUCAGACCUACGCAAAAACUAUAAAGAGAAGAAGAAAACGGAAGAAGAGGAAAAUGUAUCACCAUCAUCAGCACCAUCCUCAUCAUUUGUUCAUGCAAGAGGAGAAUGGCAUUGCGGAUGCAGGACUAGUACUCUCGACUGAUGCUAAGCCUAGACUUAAGUGGACACCUGAACUACACCAACGCUUCAUAGAAGCAGUCAAUCAGCUUGGAGGUGCCGAUAAAGCUACUCCCAAGACAAUAAUGAAGCUAAUGGGGGUUCCAGGACUUACCUUGUAUCACUUAAAGAGUCAUCUUCAGAAGUACAGGCUCGGUAAGAAUCUACAAGGACAGAUUAGUAACGGAAUCAACAAGAUUGGUUGUACAAGCAGGGAACCAGAAGACAGGAUGUCUGAAGUAAGUGGAGCACUAAUGAGCCAUACAAACCUUGGGGGUCAAACAAACAACAGCUUGCAGAUAAAUGAGGCAAUACAGAUGCAGAUCGAAGUCCAAAGAAGGCUUCAUGAUCAGCUUGAGGUGCAACGACAUUUGCAGCUGCGGAUAGAGGCCCAGGGGAAGUACCUACAGUCCGUACUGGAGAAAGCCCAACAGACACUUGGAGGACAGACACUCAGUUCGACUAGACUUGAUGCAGAUCAAGUUCAACUAACCGAGCUAAUCACAGAAGUGUCCACCGAUUGCAUAAAUGCUACAGUUUCAUUGCUGAAAAAUCCACCUGCCCUCUGCCAUGCUCAAGGACAAACAACACAGCCUACAGAUGGUUCACUGGACAGCUGCCUGACAACGUGCGAGGGAUCUCAUGCGGACCAAGAUAUGCAAAAUGUUGGGAUGGGAUUGAGACCUUACCAACAAACUGCACCCUUAACGCAGAAGGAAACUAGAGAAUUCAGGCUCGAGCAGACUGAACCAACAUGGGGUGAAAAAAUAACUGAAACAAAAAUGUUCUCUUCACCAAUUGAAAGUGACCUGGAGAGUAUGUUGUUCCCUAUCAAAGGUAGAACCAGUGACUUAUCUAUAAGCACUACAGCUGACGGGAAAACCGGCAAAACCGGGACAUCCAUUUCUGAGAGAAGGAACAAGGAUGACAAUUUCCAAGACCAAAGCGACGACAGGAAAAUUUCAAUUUGCUUGGAUAAUGAGAAGAAAACAGAUAUAUUUUUUCCUUCUGUAGCAGAGGCACUAGACUUAAAUACCCAAGGAAAAACCGGUGCUGUGUCGAACUGCAAACAAUUCGACUUGAAUGGAUUCAGCUGGAACUGAGAUACUGCAAAGAAAACUGAUAUAUGAAAUUAAAAGAUACACUGUAACUUUGGAUCUCGGAAGGCUAUGGAGAGAACAGAUCUCACAUAAGAGUGGACCAGAAAGAGACUGAUAAAGCUGAGUGCUAAUAUAACAUAUAAACAAAGCAUGAUGAGGUCUAGCAUCAGUCAUAACAAUAAUGUGUUACAAUUUGAUAUUUAACUUGAAUAAGAGUUUACUAGAUUAUCAUAA